AUGGAUUUCGAAGAACUCCAAAGGCUUCUGCAUUUAUUUAUUACUCGGUGUGGUCCUCAGCACAGUACCGUGGCCUCCCGAUCAGUGACGAAUGCCUGUAAACUGAGCCAUCUUGCUGUACAAAACUUUUAUCGUGGUGCGACAGCAAAUCCGCUUAUUCUUCUUACUCUAGACAUCUUUCUCCAAAGGCAUGCUCGAGAGCAUCCUUUACCGAAGACUCCGGAGCAUACAUGA